UUCACCACCCUAUUGGCUCAAAAGCUUCCGGGUUCUUCCUUGCGGCUGUGAUUAACAAGGCAUGAAAUCAAUAGUAUAUUAGGUAGAUAUCAGACUUAGCUAGAGGGUAUAUUUUACUAUCUAGAUAGUUUUACCUUUUGCCUUAAUAUCUGGUAUCUUGUUGUCCGUGUGGCAUUAACAAGGGACAGUCGACUGUCAACUAAAGUGGAUUAUUUUGGUCGAAGCAGGGCGCAGCUAUGAUGGCGUCAAGCUACAGCACUAAGGAAGAGGACGGACAUCCCUCGGGUGCUUCCAGUCACGGCGGACCAGGGGCUGUGAAAAGUAAAAAACCGGACAACACAGCGUUCAAACAGCAGAGACUACCAGCCUGGCAGCCCAUCCUGACAGCAGGCACCGUGCUGCCAGCUUUCUUCGUUAUUGGUCUCAUCUUCAUCCCCAUUGGUAUCGGCCUGUAUGUCACAUCAAACAACAUCAAAGAGUACGAGAUUGAUUACACUGGGGCGGACAUUAACAGUUCGUGCUACAGCUGUGCCAAGAGCUACAGCUGGAACAGCACAACAUCGUGUGUCUGCUCUGUGGAGUUCAUAUUGGAGCAGCCAUUCGAGAGCAAUGUCUUUAUGUACUACGGCUUAUCUAACUUCUAUCAGAACCACAGACGCUAUGUGAAAUCCAGGGAUGACAGCCAGUUGAAUGGAGAUCAGUCUGCCUUGAUGAACCCCAGCAAGGAAUGUGAACCAUACCGGACCAGUGAUGGCAAGCCCAUUGCUCCCUGUGGGGCUAUAGCUAACAGCCUUUUCAACGACACUCUGGAGCUUUAUUAUGUGGAUUCCAAUGGCACCAGAAAUGCAGUUCCUCUGGUCAAGAAGGGCAUUGCAUGGUACACAGACAAACAUGUGAAAUUCAGGAAUCCUGGUGGAAACAACAACCUGACUGUAGCUUUCCAAGGCACAGCUAAGCCAGUGAACUGGGCAAAGCCUGUAUAUGAAUUAGACCCAUCAGAUCCCGAUAACAACGGCUUUAUUAAUGAGGACUUCAUUGUGUGGAUGCGCACGGCUGCAUUGCCCACCUUUCGCAAGCUCUACCGCAUCAUCCAGAAGAAGUCCAGCACAACUCCGACUCUACCCAGUGGCAAAUAUUUCUUGAACAUCACUUACAAUUACCCCGUGCUCAGCUUUGAUGGCCGAAAGCGGGUGAUCCUGAGCACCAUCUCCUGGAUGGGAGGGAAGAACCCUUUCUUGGGCAUCGCCUACAUCACCGUGGGCUCCAUGUGCUUCUUCCUGGGUGUGGUUCUGCUCAUCAUCCAUCAUAAAUACGACACCCGAAACAGCAGUGCGGAUAUUCCAAACUAAACAUUUUCCAGUCUGCACUUGCAUGGGUGACCCUCCAGGGUCUGUUCUGGACUGCAUGUUAAUUUUAGCUUGAAUUCACUGGUCUUUUUAAAUGUCUGUUGUGUGUUUGUGUAAAGGACCAGCGGCAUCUUAAGAGUGUAAUCAAAAGCUGUAUUUAUGCAUAGGACAUGUAAGGCAAAAGAAGGAUGCUAGAAACAUAAUGUGUUUCUGUGCAUGUAGCUUUAAGUCGGCUGCUGGGAAUGUCACUUUCUAUUUAUCCAUUAUCAAAGUAUCUGUUUUAUUUUAGCAGUGCUUUGGGAAUGGCUUAAAGAUGUAUGUAUGAAGUUUUUGUCCUUAUUAUGUACUGUAAUAUGUCCUGCUGACAUAUUACAGUAAACCACAGACAUGUCAAUGAAGUAGGUUACAUUAACCUACUUCAUUGACAUGUCUGUGGUUGUCGAGGUUCCCUUGAGUAUUGGAUGGGAUAGUCAUUGCUUGUAUUUACAGAAGGCAUUGAUAUUUAAUGGAAGGUAUUUUAGCCUUGGAGAGUCAGAAUAUUUGUUAUUAGUAUCAAAGGUGUGGAUCUAUACCCUCAACUGUGACUGGUUCUAUAAAGAGAAUGAGGCAGUCAAAAGGUAUCCUUCAUAGUUACUGUGAAUAUGCAUUGCUAUCUAAUGCUUAUUAAUGCUGAUGGGGCCAUUAUCCUAGACCGUUAUAUCCGGUAUCCCUGAUUCUAAAUCUCCAGGCAAAAUUCUUUAGCUUGUGCUGCUUGACCUGAGUGGUAAAUAUACAGAAUUCUUUAAUGUUGACCAAAUGAUGUGCACUGUAAACAUCUCUCAUUUGUUGGGGUUUCCAUUUGUUUUACAUCAUCUGUUAAAGUGUUGCUGAUUUAUGAAGAAUUAGUUUAUUGUUUCAAUUUGUUUGUAAUUGACUUUAUGGGGUUUUAUUUAUAAGGUUCACAAGGCCUAAUUAAACAACUUGGUCAAUGUA